AUGGGAAUGCUAACAUUCGGUCGCUUCCUCAGCCGGCCAUACCCUCAUUACCGGGACGGCCCUACCAUCUUCUCCUUCCAACAACAGUUCAUGAUGGAGGACGCUCGCGCUCAACGCCGCAAGUCCGAUUCUACCAUCGGCCCCGAUUCGGUGGCCUCGACACCAGCUGUCGACUAUGUAGAGAAUCCCUUCGAUGACUUUGACAACGAUGACUUCUAUUCGCCGCCCGCCUCUCCGGGCCGCCUGUCGCGCAACCCGUCCUUCUCCAACAGCAGCUCCUAUGCGGAGGACUGGGAGACUUUCCCGCCACUCGACAAGCUGAGCAUCUUCGAUCUGCUCGACAACUUCCAGCUGUCACAACGCUUCGAGAAAUGGCAGCUCGCGCUCGCUAUGCAGAAACAGAAAGUGCGCAAGCACCGCGAGAAGUUGCGGUCGACGGGCAGUUAUGCCAGGGAACGGGUGGUCGGAGAGUUCAAACGACGCGUACCGACCGCAGACGAACAACUUGAAAAGUAUCGCAGCCGUAUGAAGAAUGGCGUGGAUCGUCUGGGCAAGCAGUGGAGCAAGACGGCCACCGUGACGUUGCGCGAGAAGAUCUCGUUCAUCGCCGGUGUGCUCAACAUCUUCAUCAGCGGGUACCUGAUGGGGGCCUGUCCACAGUACUUCUACCUGUGGUUCAGCGCCCAGUUGCUCUACUUCAUGCCCAUUCGUUAUUUCACCUACCACGCUAAAGGCUACCACUACUUCUUGGCCGAUUUGUGCUACUUCGUCAACUUCCUCAACAUGGCGUCCAUCUGGGUCUUCCCCAACUCCAAGAGACUUUUCAUCGGAACGUUCUGUCUGACCUUUGGUAACAACGCGGCGGCUAUUGCUAUGUGGCGCAAUUCCUUGGUCUUCCACAGCAUGGAUAAAGUGGUCAGUCUCUUCAUUCACAUCAUGCCUCCGGUGACUUUGCACUGCAUCGUUCACCUGACUCCGGUUGAGAUACUCAAAGAGCGCUUCCCGGCUGUCUAUGCCAUCAAGUUCAGCGAACCUGGCGAUCCGGAGCACUACUCGCUCGGCGCUAUGAUUAUCUGGGCAACCGUGCCAUAUAUCUUCUGGCAGCUCAUGUAUCACUUGAUGAUCACCGUUCGUCGGGCCGACAAGAUCGCAGCUGGACGUCCUACUAGCUUCACCUGGCUUCGCAAGUCCUACGCCAAGGCGUGGAUUGGAAAGAUCGUUCUCAGCCUCCCCAACGCCAUGCAAGAGCCCGCUUUCAUGUUGAUCCAGUAUGGCUUUGCUCUGUCGACUAUGAUACCUUCCCCCAUUUUCUUCUGGUACCGAUGGGCUAGCGGCAUUUAUAUGUCUGCCCUAUUCAUCUGGAGUAUCUAUAAUGGCGCGACCUACUAUAUCGACGUCUUUGGCAAGCGCUUCCAGAAGGAGUUGGAGCAGCUACGACGCGAUGUCCAGCGCUGGCAAAGCUCUCCGGACUUUGCAACCAGCCCGCUGGUUCUUCCGGACUACAAUGGACCUCGCAGUGGCGCGCUUGGUGCGCCAGAUGCACCUUACCCCCUGGAGAAGCGGAACAGCAUCGACCGCAUCCCACUCCUUGAUCCGACCUCGGCUACAUCGACCGCCCAGGAGGUCCCGAAGACCGGCGCCACCGUGCGUGAAAGGAAUUAG